UAAACUUCCGAAACAUGUCUCACUGUCACUGUUAAUCGAACGAUUCUCUUCGUCUGCAGGAGCUUCUAUUACACUUUUUAGUUUUUUUAAAUCUGAAGAAGAAAUUUCAUCUACGUUCACAUACAUAUAGAACAUAGAUCAUUGUGAAAGGGUCCUUGCGACACAUAAAGCCAUAAACUCGGAAUGUUUACCCUCGCCACCGUGUCUGUAGUCAGCUCCUUCUUGCUGUGGACGGUCUAUCACAGUUUCUUGGAUUUCAACAACACCCAAAUCCCGCAGGACUCUCCUGAUUGGCAAGACAUCUCACAUUCGACUAGAGAUCCCAAUUUCCACGACAUCUCGGAGAAAAUAGAUUGGGCUUCAAGUCCAAAAUCGGUGGAGGAAAAAUCUGAUCCAAAUGCUCUGAAUAAGAAUCAUUUGGAAGGACAUGUCAUUGGCUCUUUAUCCAAAGACUUAUCUGAGAUUCAAAAGAAUUUCAAGGGUGCUGAUGAGAGACCCAAGGCAUCGAAGAGGAUACUCUCCGAUACAUUUGAAAGUAAGGUUUCUUUGAAAGGUGAUACAGGUAGCCAUGAUAAUAUAAAUGACUCACCUGAAAGUUCUGUCAAAUCAGGAGAUACUGCUUGGAAAGAUAAUGACUAUAUGAACACUUACAACAGAGAUGAUGAUGAUGUAUAUGAUGAUAAGGAUAUAGAUGAUGAUGAUGAUGAUGUCAGUUACGCUACUGUUGGGUAUACUGAUGAAGUCGACCAGAUCACCAAGGAUGAAGAUAGAACUGACAUAAAAGAUAAAGCUACUGAUGCUGAUAUGACAGACUGGGAAGAAGAUGGAAUUAAAGGUACAACAGAGAAAAGUAUCACCCAAGAGCUCCAUGAAGAAGUUGACAGAUCCCUCAUUCAAGAGGAUAAGGAAAUCACAAAAGACGAGAUCCUGAGUGAAAUUCAGACAUUCAGUGACAGUCUUCGUAACAUCAGUGACAAUGUGAUCAAACUUAUUGUAAAGAAUAAAGAAGACUUUAAGGGGGUUCCUACAAUGCCUAAAAUGUCUAGUAAAAUGGAAGAAAACCUUAAUCUGAAAGGAAGGUUGGCAGAUGGAAAUUCUGCCAGCAUUCUGUACUCCCUUGUUAGUUACAUUUUCCACCUCGAGAGCAACAAAUCACUGCAGAUUUCCUCACAGACACGGAUAAAUACCAAAAAUCUCAUGAAUUUGGGACCUAGUGAAGAUAUAACUAAUAUUCCUGCUGAAACUCGGUCACACUCGAUAGACACAAAAAUACAGCAGGACGAAGACCUUAAUCUAAACCUAAAGCUGGUACAGUCACCGAGCUCGACACCCAAACCGAAAAUCAUCAAAGUCAACAACAUUUUAAGAGUGAAGACUCAAAUACAAGAUGACUUCACAACUUAUUUGAAAGGUCAGACAUGGGAGGUCUUUGUAACUCUGGCAGCUGUGGUGGUGGGGGUGCUUCUACUCAUGAUGUUCAUGGUCCUUUGGGGGACACAACACGUUCGCAAGAGGGAGAACCGCAAGAGAUUACACAGGAUCCAAGCAAUGGAAAAUCAAGGGGAAAUUUAGUU